AUGGCCAACGGGCGGGAAACCGAACACAUCACUCUCGAAAAACAAGUGGGGACAUCACUUGGUUUCUCUGUCGUCGGCCUGGAAUCGGAGAAUCGCGGCGAAUUGGGCAUCUUUGUCCAAGAAAUUCAACCUGGCACGAUUACCGAUGAAGAUGGUCGACUAAAGGAAUCAGAUCAGAUUCUUGUCAUCAACGGAAAGCCCCUCGGCCCAAGUGUCUCGCACACAGAAGCGAUCGCAGCGCUUCAAGCUGUAAAGGACUCCGUUCACCUGAUCAUUGCACGUGGUCCCAUUCCUCGGCAGCCAGGGCGCUUUUCGGAUUCUGAAUCUCAAGCAUCCGAAGUCGAUUUGAAACCAGCUGAAAAGCGCUGGGCUCACUCGGAAAUCGUCGUGUUGCACAAUGAAGGAAGCGGAUUUGGUUUCGGAAUCGUUGGUGGAAAGGCCACGGGUGUUCAGAUUAAAACGAUCCUUCCGGAUGGCCUGGCAGACCGAGACGGUCGUCUUCAAUCAGGAGAUACGAUUCUCAAAAUCAACGAUAUCGACCUCUCCGGAAUGGGCUCAAAAGAAGCAGCGACGAUUCUGCAAGAAACUGGCUCGACGGUCAAACUAGAGAUUGCCCGCGGCGAGUUGCCAACCUUUAACCAGUUGAAAACGUCGCCUGAUGAGGUGUUUGAUGUAGAAUUGACGAAGAACGCCGGCGGAAUUGGAAUUCAUAUCGCAGGAUGGGUGAAUGAUGGAUCUUCCGGAAUCGCGCAGCAUGGAAUUUAUGUCAAAGCUGUUACCCCUGGCUCGCCAGCGGCAAAUGACGGACGAAUUGAAGCUGGUGAUCAGAUCAUUGCUGUGAAUGGACUUCGACUUGACGGACAAGGAGUUGGAUCCGAAGAGGCCGUGGAAGCGCUGCAGAAUACGGGCGACUCGGUCCAUUUAACCCUUUCUCGACGAAAGCGAAAAUCGACCCGACUCACCGAUCAGCAAAUCGCCCAACUCAGCCAUUAUUGGCAAAAGAUUGUCGGCGACAAAUUCGAAAUCAUCACAGAACAAGUUGCGAGAGAGCCAGGCCAAGGGCUUGGUAUUUCUCUUGAAGCGCUUGAAAGUGGGCCAGAUGAUCCUGUACCUGCAGAUAGGGUCGGGGAGUUGACGAAAGAGUACGAAAACGCCGGACUUGGAAUCGACGUAGAAGGCCUGGAGAGCGAAGGACAAUUUAAACAUAUCAUUCGAUCCGUGUCUCCUUCUGGCCCCGUCGGAACAAAGACGGGAAUCAAAGCUGGAGAUGAAGUACUUGAAGUAAACGGAGAAAAACUGAUUGGAAUGAACCAUCUCGCCGCUGUGCAAAUUAUCAGAUCUUUGCCUGAACAUGUCGUGCUCGUCUGCGCCCGGAGAAAGGUUGAAGAAGAAACCGUGCAAAAAGAGGAGAACGUCACGUGGGCCGCAAGUCCGGGAACGUCAAUGUCUGAAUAUGUGCCAACUGUGGUCACAAGUGACAACAUGGUGGCUGCUUCGAUCGGCAAGACUGUGGUCGUUUCAGAAGACAGCAGCGUCAGCUCGGAGGAUUCUGAAGAAGAAGACGACUUGGUUUGGAUUGAGCUUGAAAAGGGCAAUUCUGGCCUCGGCUUUUCCAUUCUCGACGCGCCGGAUAGAGAUGGAGCAAAUAGUAUUAGAAUCCGCGGUUUGGUUCCCGGAGGAGUCGCUGAUCAAGACGGACGCCUUUCGCCCGGCGAUCAGAUCAUCCGAGUCAAUGAGAUCAAGUUUGACAUGCGAGUUUACUCACUAAAAGAUUGCGUCGAAGUCCUCAAGGGUCUGCCUCCAGGAAUCGUCAAAAUCGGCGUCAGAAAGGUCGAUGAAGAUGCGGAUGAGCCUGUGGUUCUCGAAGAUAACGAAGAAACUGUUAUUGAAGAGUCCAUUAACUUUGAGCAAAAUCGAAAUCAAAUGGCAGCCCUGGCCCCUGUUAUCAAACAGCCGAUCCAGAUCGAGGAUAAUUCGCAUGCCCUUGCGGCCUUGGCGGAGGGACGACCAGAGGUUGAAACAGCUUUCGCCGCUGGACAAGAGCAUGGCCGAGAGCUGGUGCUUGUCAAAAUUGAGCGAAAAACUGGCGAAACUCUUGGUGUUGCGCUUGGAAAGACGGAAGAUCAGUAUGGAAGGAUCCACAUUGUUGUCAACGAUGUUAAAGUUGACACUGUGGCGGAUGAGAAACUACUCGAUGAUGAUGAAAUUAUCAUGAUCAAUGAGCAGGUUGUUGGCCCGUUCCCUGAGACUGAUAUUCAUAAAGCCAUCGCGUACAUUAGUGAAGCCGGAAACUCAUUAGAAAUCGUUGUGUCUCGAGAAAGAGGAACUCGCCCAGACCGACUACCCUCAGACUCAUUUUUCACCGAAGAAGGAGAAAGAGAAACGAAAGUUUUCGAGGAUGAGCCGUUUGUUAUGGCUAAGCCAGGGCUUGAAAAUGUUUCCGAAAACGAUUUUGCUUUCAUCAGCGAUAUUAUUAUUACGAAGCGAGAAGAUGAAACUUUUGGCUUUGGACUCGAGUUUGACGAACAACCGACAAUUAAAACCAUAAAAGAAGAUACACCAGCAGCUCGUUCAACAAUUCGGGAAGGAGACAUUCUUCUCGAAGUCAACCAUCAGCCAGUUCACCAUUUGGAGUCGCGCGAGAUCAUGGAUCUCCUCAAAUCCAAUCCAACCCAAGUUAAUCUCAAAGUCGGUCGCAACGACGUCACUCGUACCUUGUCGAUUUCAUCAUCAUCGUCGUCAUCAUCCGAUAGUGAUUCUGAAAAGAGCGAUAUUUUAGAAACUCCCACCGCUGUUCCACUCGAUGGCUUUGAAAUCAAAAUCGUCAGAAAUGUGACGUACGGCUUUGGUGUAUGUCAGCGUGACGGAAAGAUUUUAAUCAAAAGUAUCAACGAAGAUACACCUGCAGAUAACUCUGGACUGGAAAUUGACGACCAGAUCAUAAUGAUCAAUGGAGUAGCCUUGGAUCAGAACAAUGUUCAGUCGGCGCUGGAAGAGAUCAAGAAAGCGGACGGAGUUGUUGUUCUAUUUUUACACAGAGCUUCUGGGCCACCUCCUGUUGAAAGCUUACCACCAGUUCCUCCUCUUAUCCCUCCCAUUGAAAUCAAUCACGACAAUGCCAGUAUCUACUCGAGUAGCACAGAUGAAGAAGUGGUCGAAGAGACCGUGACGGUCCAGGAGACAACUGAGUCCUCUCUGUCCUCAGAAGAUCGCGCGAUUAAUGAAAAAGCCGCUGGCUUCAACAAAGCUGUCCUUUCCGCAGCUGCUAUCUCUGUCGCUUCUCAGCAACAAAAGCCAAAGCCCGAUAGCGAUCUACUAGAAAUUAAGGUCGUGCGAGAUCAAUCCUACGGUUUCGCCAUCCACAAGAGCGAUGGAAUAAGAGUACAGCACAUCAACCCAAACAGCGCUUCCGAGCAGGCGGGUCUUCUCGUUGGAGAUCAGAUUGUGUUUAUUGGAGAUAUGCAAGUUGAUGAGAUGGAAUUGAAGGCUAUUUAUGAACUGAUUAGUUCAGCGACUGAAUUUAUCGUUUUGAAGGUCCGGCGAUCAGAAGAAACUACUGUAGAAAUCGAGGAAGAUACUGUCGAAGAAGCAACAGAAACAAUUGUUGAAGAAAAAACUGAAGUUGUCCAGCAAGACCAUUACCACAAUGUUGUUCGCCCUGCUUAUGGUCGCAUUAUUCGAGUGUCGAAAGAGCAAGAUGAAAAGUUCGGCUUCGGCGUCGCCGAAAUCAACAAUCGUCUUAUCGUGCAAUCAGUCUCCCAUGAUUCUCCAUCGUCAGAAGCUCUUUUGUCUGGGAACGAAAUCGUCUCUAUCAAUGGCCAAUCAGUUAAUGACAUGGAAAUCACCGAAGUAAUUGAAGUCAUUAAAACUUCAACAUUCCUGACACUUGCUGUUCGCGAUGAGAUUUUUACAAAGAUUCUUAUUGUAAAAUUCCCCGAUGAGCCUGGCUUUGGAUUUGGCAUUAGAAAGGUCGAUGAAUCAAUUGUUGUAAGCGUUGUUGGUGAUGACUCUCCCGCUGCGAAGGCCUUUUUGAAACCCAACGAUGUCAUCAAAUCAAUCGAUGAGCGGGAAGUCGAGGGCUAUGAAAUAAAGGAUGUUGUCGAUAUGCUGAAGAAUGCUGGUUCAAGGCUGGAGCUUCUGGUAGAACGAGGAGAGCGCCUUCCAACUCUCCCUCCUCCCCGUCCGAUUGCGCAAUAUGAGAAUGAAGAUAGUUCAGUAUCAAACGGAACUUUUGACCAGUCCAUCGCGGAAAAACAGAAUGACGCUGAUGAAACUUCUGUUUCAGAGGGAGACUGGGAAAAGUCCGAUGCAGAGUCUUCUAUCUCAAGAGGAACUUUUAAUCAGAGUCUCGUGGAAGAGAAGAAAGAUGGCGAUGAGACGUCGGUUUCCGAAGGUCAGUGGAGUAAGUCUAUCGUGGAAGCAGAAAACAAGCAGCUGGAUACAUCUGUAUCUGAAGGUCAGUGGAGCGAUUCAGACUCGAAUAGAACCCUCACUCCUGAACCGAUGCCUACCACAGAUGUCAAACCAGCGCUUUCGUCUGACAGUGUGUCGGAUUCUGAAGAAUCUGAUGAAGAAGAGGAGAAAAAGAAGCACCUUGCAGCUGCUAUCAUUAUCUCCAAAAAAGAGCAAGAAGCGCAUGAUGAAGAUUAUGAUUCUUCAACGACUGAAGAAGAUGUUUAUGAGUUGAAAAAUGAAGCGGAAGAGGAAGAAAAGCCAGAUACAACGGAAGAAGUCGUGGAAACAAUCACAGAAGUAAAAGAAGAGCAGCUUAUCAAGUUCGAAACCUCAUCCUCGUCGUCUUCAGAAGACGAAGCCGCAGAACAGCAAGCAGGUCCCAAGGAACCAGCCCUAAAAGAUCCAUCCUACGAAGAAAUAAUGGCUGCGAUUUCCCUUGACAAACCAGUACAACCUGUUCAAGAGAUUGAAUCUAGCUCGACAUCGUCCGAUUCUACUAUCGAAGAUGAAAUGGUCGAAAUAAUCGAAACUGUGGAGACCGUCGAGUCCUCUGCAAUCGUUAAAUCGGCUCCGAAACCCGACUCAGCCUCACCUACUCCUGGAAAAGCAAUAAUUGGCGGCGCAGUGCUGAAAGAACUUGCUUCAAAAGAAACCGUCAAUGAAUCUGUCGAAGAGUUGACAGAAAACUCGACACCAUUUGUCGAACCGCACAAAUCGUUUGAGGGCACUGAAAAUGAGACUGAUACUGAGAGUGAUUCCAGCGCAUCUGUUCACGAGACUAUUAAGGUUGAAGAGACGGUAACCGUCGAGGAAACUGUUGAGGAUGAAGUAGAAGCUGGCAAGAAACAAGCAGCGCUUCUCGGGGCGAUUGUUGUAAAAGAAAAACUUGAAGAAGAGGAUAAAAACUUCGAAACUGCACCGAAACUUACUGAAGAUCUCUCUGACAGCUCAUCUUCAACGUCAGAAGAUGAAAAACCUGCUCCAGCGCCUCCAGCUACUCCCCCAAAAGAAGAAUUCCAAGAGCCUGAAAAGCAUCAUCACGAUCUUGAAAAAUCUGUCCACUUCCGCGAAAAUCUCGAAGAUGUCCGAAUCAUGGAAGAGGUCCCUGACGCUUUCGGCUUACCACAGUGCACACCUCGAUUUGAAAUGCUCUCUGAAUCUCACCAACGACUGGGCCAAAAACAGUUCCUCCGACGCCACCUCCAAAAUCUCCUUCACCGGAGCCCGAAGUUCAAAAGUCGCGAUCGCCUUCUCCGCCGCCCGUGGAGCGUCAAACGUAAGAGCGCUUUAAUCAUCAAAAUUGCUAUGAGACUUUCAUGUGCUGGCGCUGAAACAACCGACAACGAGUCGAUCUUUUCGGACGCUCAAGAGUCCGUAGUCGAGUCCAUUGUCUCUGCUACUACAAUCCAUUCCCACACUAAACCUGACGAGCCGCAAAUUCUCCCACAAGAAGACAACACUGCCCACGAAAUCAAACGCAUUCCAGAAGUCCCCGUUCAAAUCGCGGAAACAAAAGACACCACGGACGACGAAAAACUCAACGUUCCAUCAUCCGACUCUGAGCCCGACCUUCCUCAAGAACCAGAAAGCAUCAUCGACACCCGUGAAGUUCGAACGAUUCGAAUCAACAAGGGAACUGCAAGUCUGGGCAUCACCGUUUCUCCUGACACGCUCAACAGAGGCCUUGUCAUUCGCAGCGUGAUUUCCAACGGCGCCGUAGCCAAGCAUGGCGAGCUGGAAGCUGGGGAUAUUAUCGUGUCUGUCAAUGAUUCAGACGUUGCCGGGCUCGAGACAGAGAAGGCUCGCCAGCUCAUCCGCCAUCAUUCCUACCACUCCUCGACUGUUAUUCUCCAAUAUCUCCCAUCUACGGAUCGCCUCGCCUCCGAACAAGCAGCUGCUGCUGUUGUCGAAGAACCUGUAGCUACGGUAGAUCGCGUGCCCAGCUCAGCUGGACUCUCGGACGCUUAUCUGACAGAAGCCACAACGGACGACGAGCGGGACGCACUGUGGAAUCCACCGCAGCCGUACACGAUCGCUCGACCUAGUGCGCCAAAUGGCUCCCUCGGCCUUACGCUCGUCGAUUAUUCAGAAAUUUCGCAUCGCGGCUUUGACCUGCCAAGAGGUACUUACGUCAAGAGCGUUGAUGAAGGCAGCCCAGCUGAAGCGGCAGGACUCAAAUUUGGCGAUCGAAUUAUCAAGAUACAUCUCUGCCGAAAUAAAUGUAAUUUUCCUCUUCUGAGCAGAAAACUUCAACCCUUUCUUUUGAUGGCCCGAGGGAGAAGCGCGAGCCAGGGAGCAAACAUGAUCCCGCUCGUGAAUGGCCAGAGUACUGUAAAGAGCUCGCACCAGACUGUGAUCCGGCUUAUCAAGGCGAGCGACCAAGAAAAGAUACACCUGCAAGUCCAGCCACUGAAACCACAGACACUAACAGUGGUGGACCACGGUCAGACAGAAACAACUCUUUCCAGCAGUACAAAUUCGAACAACUCGCAGAUCUUGGCGACGCCUGAAAUUGCGCCUGGGCAAGAGUAUUCUGUUACCCUUCAUAAGCUCAACGGCAGCCUUGGCGUUAGUCUUAUUGGCAACCAGUCUGGCGACGCAGGCAUUCGCGUCGUAAAAAUCACACCUGACGGCGCUGCAGAGAAGGACGGCCGAAUCCAAGUUGGCGACGAAGUGGUUACAAUCAACGGAGUACCCUUAGCGGAUAAAUCGCAGCUCGAGACUAUCAACCUCUUGAAAGAGCACGAUUCUGCAAAGAUAACACUGAUUCGAUCAGACGGCGCGAAGGUGCCUUAUUCGGCGCCGGCGCCAAAACUCACUGUCGAUGAGGAAAUCUCCCGGCUCCGUUUGAAUGUUUCGAAAAAAGAUGUCGACAGUGUCGAGGUCAUCAAACUUGUCAAGGACUUCAACGGCUUGGGCAUUUCCUUCGAGGACGAUAACAAUUCGGGUGUGAGAGUGCGAUCACUCUCCGCCAAUAGCCCGGCUUCGCGUGAUGGCAGGCUGAAAAACGGCGACAAGAUCUUAGCUGUGAACGACACGAACUGCCAGCAUUCUAGCUACCGUGACGUCACCGACAUCCUAAAGAGCUCAAGGGGCACGAUUAAGCUGAUUGUUCUUCAUCCCUCGUCGCGGCGCGAUUCUUCAUCCACCAUUAGCUCGCGUCACUCGCGCGAGGUGCAUCCUGGCACUGAAACUGAAAUAGAAAUUAUUAAAGGAUCUAGUGGUCUUGGUUUAUCGAUUGCUGGUGGAGCCGAGACGGUCCUUGGCUGCGUGGUGAUUCACGAGGUUUAUCCAGGAUCCGCGGCUCAUCAAGACGGACGUCUUGCUCCUGGUGAUCGAAUCAUAGCGGUUAACGGCGUCGAUAUCAGUACCUACACUCACAAUCAAGCUAGCGAAGUGUUGAGAAAAUCCGGCUCACGAGUUCGUCUCCGCAUCGUUCGCGACGAAUCUGGCCAGGCGGACACUAUGAAAGUCCGUUUGAAUAAGAUUCCUGGGCAAGGUCUCGGUCUGAAUAUUGAAAAUGGACCGAGUGGAACAAUCAUCUUUGGAAUCGUCCCGGGCUCAGAAGCGGCUAUCGAUGGCACUCUACAGCAAGGCGAUGAAAUUAUCGGAGCCAAUGGAGUCGAUCUCAGCGGCGCUACCCGAGAUAGAGUUGCUAGCGAACUGAAGAAAGCGACAGGCCAAGUUGUUAUCGAAAUCAGAAGACCGCGAAAGUCGCAAAAUGGGGCCUCGAAAACUCCUAGAAGAGGAUCUCACAUCCGAAAAGUCACUAUCAAACGACGCCACGCUCAAGAACCCUCGGCAUUUCAAUUGCUGGUGGCUUCGGCUCUGCUCUAG